AUGUGCCAUUACAAGACGUCCACGUUUGCGUGGUCGCCGUCGGCGUCGUUGCCGCUGUUGGCAACAGGAACGGUCGCUGGCGCGCUCGACGAGUCGUUCAGCAACGAGAGCCAACUCGAAAUCUGGGCACCCGACUUUCUCGACCAGGACGAAUAUGAUUUGGGUGGGGUUGGCCAGAACGGGCCCAAGGCGUCUGUAUCCGACCAUGCAAGAUUCAACCGACUUGCGUGGGGAUAUGUGAACAGCACCUAUUCGCAGGGCGUGAUUGCUGCUGGUCUCGAGAACGGCGAAUUUGCUCUGUGGGAUCCUGCAAAGAUCCUCGCCGGCGCAGAUGCCAGUGAAUCUCUGAUUCUGCGAAACACGAAUCACACAGGUCCAGUCCGGGGAUUAGAUUUCAACCCAAUCCAAACGAAUCUGUUGGCAUCAGGAGGUGUCGCUGGCGAGGUCUACAUCUGGGAUCUUAAAGACCCUAGUAAACCGUACACCCCAACCCCAGGUACGAAGAGCACAAAACUCGACGAAAUCACGUCUGUCGCUUGGAAUCAGCAAGUUCAAUAUGUCCUCGCUGGAGCAAGCACCACGGGAUAUACCGUCGUUUGGGAUCUGCGAGGAAAGCGCGAAGUCGUGGCGUUGGCGUAUGGUGGUGGUGCAGGGACCCUGGCUGGUCAUAUGGGUGGUGGAAUGGCUGCGGGAGGAAGGCGUGGUAUGAGCGAUAUCGCCUGGCAUCCAGACAACGCUACUCGUGUUGUCACUGCGUCCGAAGACGAUUCAUCGCCCGUCAUUAUGGUCUGGGAUCUCCGUAAUGCCCGAGCUCCUGAAAAGAUCUUGACAGGUCACGAGAAGGGCGUUUUGUCACUUUCGUGGUGCAAACAGGACGCAGACUUGCUGUUGUCAUGCGGUAAAGACAACCGAGCCCUUUGCUGGAAUCCUCAAACUUCUGAGAUCAUUGGCGAGCUCCCUUCGGCCGACAACUGGGCGUUCCAAGUCGAUUGGUGCCCUCGCAACCCUGACCUGCUCGCCACCGCGUUCUUCGACGGAACUAUUGGAAUCCAUAACAUCCAAUCGACCAACGAGGCCGCCGAUGACAAGCUCCCCUCUGCCCGACCCGAUGGUGCAGAUAUCUUCUCCACUCCUGGCUUCGCUCGAUCGUCGGCCGGCACGUUCUCCCUCAAACAACCACCGAAAUGGCUUCGUCGCCCCGUCUCGAGUUCCUUCGGCUUUGGAGGCAAGCUCGUCUCUGUCUCCAACCUUCCUUCUGCACAAGGAAAAAACCAGAGCAGUGUCGUCCACAUUCGCGAUGUCGUCACCGAACAAGACUUUGUGGAUCGGGCCAAGGCUCUUCAAGAGGCUAUCGCUGGAGAAAACUUGAAGGAGUUUGCCGAGAAGAAGGUCGAACAAGCCCCCAGUCCAGCGUGGAAGGCGUUGCUGAGCCUGUUCAAGGCCAACUCGCGAGAGGAACUCGUCACGUUGCUUGGCUUCUCCAAGGCUGAGAUCGCAGCACGUGUUGCUGAGGCUGUUGACAGUCUCAAGGCAUCCGCUGCUCGCGCUGAAGUUGAGCAGGAGGAGGAUAUCACUGAGGAGAAGCCGCACGAGCCAGUUGUCUCGUUCGCCGAACCUGAGCGCCAGGACGCCCCAUCCGACAGCGAAACCGCCGAGAGCAACGAGAAGGAACCCUCCGAGACCGUAUCCGAUACCGCCAGCUCCCGUUUGGAAGAUCGAGAAUCAACCACAACUGUACCCAGCUUGUUCGGUGAAGACGAUGGCCCUGGCACUCCCCAACUCGACGCUGGUCAGGACUUCUUCAACACGAUCGGUCAAUCUGGUGGUGACUCGCUCCCAGUCCACGUUCCUCACACCAAUUACCCUAUCGAUUCUUCCGUGGCUGCCACCAUUGGUUCGGGUCCCUCUUCCGUCACAUCCGAAGUGAUGUCGAAGAGCAGUGGCUUCAAGAUCUACCCCACCGAAGACUCGGAGAACGAUCGAUUGGUCACUAAAGCGCUCGUCCUGGGCGACUUUGAAUCUGCUGUUUCACUCUGCCUGUCCUCUGAUCGAUUCGCAGAUGCGAUCCUUCUCGCCGCUCGUGGAGGCCCUGAACUGUUGCAGAAGACCCAGAAGGCAUACUUUGAACGCCGGAUCGCUGAUCAACCCUAUCUCCGCCUCUUCCAGAGCAUCGUCACCAACGACUUGGCGGAUAUUGUUCAGAACGCGGACUUGCAGGAGUGGCAAGAGAUCUUCGUCGUUAUCUGCACGUUUGCUAGCCAGGAGGAGUUUGCGAGCUUGGCGGAGCAGUUGGGUGUGAGGUUGGAGUUCCAGUUUGGUUUGGCGAAAGCGGAGGGUGAUGAUGCCGAGUCGGUUGCCAAGGCUAACGCAUUCAGGAAGAACGCGACCCUCACCUACCUCGCGGCUGGUCGUUUGGAGAGGUUGAUCAGUAUUUGGGGAGAGGAGUUGGUGGAGGAUGAGAAGGCGCUUUUGGAACAGGCGGGCGAUAAGGAUUCGCACUUCUCGGUCCAUGCCAGCGCGCUCCAGUCGUUCAUCGAGAAGGUUACCAUCUUCCGCUCUGCGACUAACUACAAGGACGAAGAGUUGAACUCGGCCCCUGACAACUUCAAGCUCGCCAACCUGUACGACCGAUACCUCGAGUACGCUGACUUGUUGACGACCCAGGGCUUGUUGAAGGAGGCUGCGGCUGUGUUGAAGCUCACGCCCAGUGGUUACAAGGGCUCGUCGCCGCUGGUUGAUAGGGCUGCUGAGCGGGAGAGGUUGGUGGUGGCUACCUCGAGCAAGGUGCAGCUGCCUGCUCGUGCGCCUGCUGCGAGCACUUCUGCUGCAACUGGCUAUGGUUAUACCCCCGCGGCUCCUGUUGGUCAGACCAGAGGAGUACCUGUACCACCUGUGCCCGCACCUGUUAGCCACUACAACCCAUACCAAGCACCGACGGCUGCCGCACCUGCUCCUCCAGCGCAGCAAUAUGGACAUCAAGCGCAUACAGGUUACCAGCCCCCUCAAGCUGCUGGUGGUUAUCAGCCACCAACUCAGGCCGGUCCAUACCAACAGUCGCCAUACGCUCCAGUCAAUCCAGCCCCAUCGUUCUCGCAGCCACCUCCGCCCCGUCAACCUCCCGUUGGUGUCCCACCUCCACCUCGAGCUGCCAAUGGCGGACCUCCCACCGUCCCUCCUCCGCCCAAGCGCGACGCAGGCGGCUGGAACGACGCUCCCCCGGCCAUUCCCAACCGUCCUGCAAGCAUCAACGUCAACAAGAACGCGCCUGCUCCGAUCACGUCUCCCUUCCCGAACGCGGCGCCUGCAACCCCUGGGUACUCGCCUUCUGGUUCUCCAUACCCCAGCCAAGGGCAAGUCCCGCUCCCUCCUCCACCCCGACCUGGAAGCGUGCAAGGACGUGGUGCUCCAGUUCCUCCCCCGCCACAAGGUGCGAGGGUCGUCCAUCCUCCACCUGCAGGCCAGUUCCCUCCUCAAGCACGACCACCCUCGAGGACGGCAGCUCCGCCCGUUGCUCCACCUUCGAGGAUAAUGUCGCCGGGUGGUGGGAAUGCUGGUCCCCCGAGGUUGCCUACUCCCAGCCAGUACGCGCCUCCCCCUCGAGGACCUUCCGCGGGACCUUAUGGAGCACCUCAAGGCCAGCAGCAGCAGCACCCUCCUCCCCCUCCAGGACACGGUGGACCUCAGCAUGCGCCCGGGCCGUAUGGACCACCCCAAGGCGGACCUGCACAGGCAAACAACCCGUAUGGACCACCUCAAGACGGGCCUGCUCAAGCGAACAACCCGUACGCGCCGCCUCCUGGAGCUCAGCAGCAUCAGCAGCCCCCACCACCACCACCGCACUCGGCUGGGGCGUACGCGCCGCCGCCUAGACCGCUUUCGUCGCAGCAGCAGCCUCAUCAUGGUAUGCCGCCUCAGGCUGGUGGACCGCCUCCCCCCGGUGGACCGCCCCCUGGAGGUCCGGCUGGUGCGCCGCCUAGGGCUGCUUCGGUGAACCCGCCUGCGAGACAGGGGCCGCCUCCGCCCAAGUAUCCUCCUGGAGACCGCAGCCAUAUUCCUGACCAUGUCAAGCCCGCGUACGAGAUCAUCCUCGAAAAUCUGAACAGGAUGAAGCAGUCUACUCCACCUUCGCAAAAGCGCCUUGUGGAUGAUUUGGAGCGUCGUAUAAACCCUCUGUUCGAUGCUCUCAACUGCGAGACGUUGUCCCAGCCUGUUGUCGAGCAGUUGAUCGUCCUCACUCGAGCCAUGGAAGCUCGCGACCGCCCCGCUGCUCUCGCCAUCCACGUCGACCUUCUCACCCGUGGUUCGCAGACGGACGACAUUGGAUUGUGGAUGUCGGGCAUCAAGCAGCUCAUCAUGCGACUCUAAAUCUAGGCGUUGAGGUCACAUAUCCUUUCUAGAUCUUUUCAUCUCGUAAAUCGUUGGACCACUCGCGUUUAAAUCCCUUUUCCUUUUUACGUAUAACGAUGAUUUCUUUACGAAAAGUAUCUUCAUUCGACUAUACUGUUUUCUCUCUCUUCUCUCUGUUCUUUUUAUACAAUUGGAUUUCUCCGG